UCCUCAUAUCCUCUUCGUAGUUAUUCUGUAGGUAGUGGUAAUAGUGCUAGGUCACUUAAACUUUCACUUCGAAUAAGGAGAGUCUGAAGCGACGUUAAGGGCAUAACAAUGGUCAAUGAAACAAAUAUUUUGAUUCAGUUCAAAGAAAAAAUUUUCAAGAAGAACAAACAAAAGAGUGGAACAGCCCUCGAUGGAAUGAAUGGAGUCAUGAAAUGUAUCAACUUUUUUGCUUACGUUUCGGGGAUAGAGUUUAUAGAUGAUUGGAGAAAAAAUGUCAGAAUUGGGUUCGCUGUCAUCGUGCUUUCCUUGGUGCUCACUUGUGCUACCUACACCAUCUGUGUUUUUUUCCCGUCAACAGAUAACAUCAUUCUGGUGGGUGGUAUUGCUUUCAACUCCACGGUCUGGACGAAAUUGAUUUUUGUCAGUGUCAAACACGAGAAAUUUAUGUCGUUAGUGCAAUACAUUUACAAAGUGCUUAAAUGCGAAGCGUCUGCACAACGAGAGCGCAUCUUCAUGAAUGUAACGAAAAAUAUUUAUUAUCAUUUGGAAAUUAAUGUUUCCGGUAUUUUCGCUGGAUUGGUUUUCUAUUCAGCCUUCCCGUGUUACGAAUUCUUCUUUAAUGGGAAAUUGACAUUAGUUUCUCCGAUGUUGUUGCCAUAUGUCAAUCCGAAUCAUAUCCGAGGCUAUUUAAUUACCUCCGCCUACAACAUAUUUGUUGUUACCUUCAGUCUUACUAUUAGCAUUGCUACCAGUUCCUUAUUCUUCGCGUUUGUUGAUGCAUACAAUGGCCUGGUGUGCCUACUCGAGCACGAUUUCGGAACGUUCGAUGUUAUGUGUACCAAGAAUGAAAGCAGAAGGACGUAUGAUGUAACGUUUCGCAAUUUAAUGAUGAAAUUAAUGGACUUAGUAAGAUUUAGCUGCUAUAUGGGUCAUCUGUUCAGCUUUGUGUCAACUGUACAAGUUGCAAUGUCCUGUCUUGUGGUGGUGAGCUGUCUAGGUGCAUUCUUGGCCUUUGACUAUGUUGGUGGCCUUGGGGCCGCCGUGUGUCUUUAUACUGAAAUGUUAAUGUACUGUUACAUUGGACAAUUGCUGGACAACACGAAUAAACAGAUUGCUACGGUAAUUUGCAAUGCAAAGUGGUACACUUACAAAGUAAAGUAUCAAAGGGACAUGAUGACCGCUUUAUAUGUAGCUCAAAAAGUGAAACCGAUUCUUCUAGCAAACAUGUUUUCGCUUAACUUUGCCACUGGUCUGAAGAUAACCAAAAACAUUUACACUUUGAUCAUGUUUAUGCUAGAAAUGUUCAAUUAAUUUGCUUCGCUUCAUUUUGUGUAUGGAAUAAUAUUGCGUACAGAAAGUCUCUCUAUG